CUGGCGCUGGAUCGUCUGGCUCGACAGCGGGCAUCGGGUCACCAGGCAUGACAGCCGGGCACUGGGUCAUCAGGCAUUGGAUUGUCUGGCUCGACAGCGGGCAUCGGGUCACCAGGUAUGACAGCGGGCACUGGGUCACCAGGCAUCAGGUCAUUUGGCUCGCCAGCGGGCACCGCGUCAUCUGGCAAGGCAGUGGGCACCGAGUCACCAGGCACGACAGUGGGCUCCGAGUCAACUGGCAUGACCGCGGGCACUGGGUCAGACAUUGGAUCGUCUGGCUCGACAGCGGGCAUCGGGUCACCAGGCAUCAGGUCAUUUGGCUCGACAGCGGGCACCGUGCCAUCUCUGGCAAGGCAGUGGGCACCGAGUCACCAGGCAUGACAGCGGGCACUGGGUCAUCAGGCAUUGGAUCGUCUGGCUCGACAGCGGGCAUCGGGUAACCAGGCAUGACAGCGGGCACUGGGUCAUCAGGCAUUGGAUCGUCUGGCUCGACAGCGGGCAUCGGGUCACCAGGCAUGACAGCGGGCACUGGGUCAUCAGGCAUGAUAGGAUUAUCAGGCUGGAUCAGUUCAUCAGGCUGGGUACAGACAUCAGGCUGGGUAGAGACAUCAGGCUGAAGUGCGGGUGCCGAGGCACCGGGCUGAACCACGGAAGGCGGGUUCUCAGACGGCAGCCUCACCGGUUUGGAUACUGGCAGGAUGGUACUGGUUGGAAAGAAUUUUCGCUUUUUUCUGGUUUUAGUUACUGG